AUAGUUGUCUAGAUGUCUUUAAAGUGGAAUAUUUCUGCUUUCGAAAUUAGAAUUCAACAUUUUGUAAUAUACCAACGCUGAUAAAAAUCCAAAUAUUUCAUUAAUUAAAGCUUGAUGACAAAAGUUAAUUAUACAUAAAGAUAGAUCUCGGUGAUUUGCAUAAGUAAGUGUUAAGACUGGAGCUAUAAAGUCAUUUGAUAGAGAGAAAAUUUGUUUUAAAGUCAGGUUUUUUGUAAAAAUUCAUCCGUGGAAUCGCCCAUAUAGUUUUAUUAAGGUGAAUAUGUUUGAAUUUUUGAACAUUUUUUUCAAAUCUGAAUCAUUGACGUCAGGGAGGAAAUUGGGUAUUUAUAUUAUAUAUAGAGUGAGUUUAGAAGUUUAAAAUUUCUUUAUCCAUUAUUAUAGCGUAUAAAAAUUUUAUGUCUUCUUCUACCCUUUGAUUAAAUUGUGUUAAUAAAAUUUACUGGCCCAUGUUCUGUAUUUAAUGUAUGAGAUUAAUGGAGCACAUUUACAAGUAGACAAAUACUGUUCGCUGUGCCAAAAUGCGCUGAAGUCACUCGAUAAAGCAAGAGGACUUUUGAGUGUUUAGGAAGUAAGGUUUUUGUAUUAGAUAAUAAAAAAUAGCAUUUCGAGGAAAUGACUGUAUGUUUAUCAAAUUUAUACACUAAUGUUGAAAUCGGUCAUAUCUUAAUUGUAUCGUUUAAAUUAAAAGAGAAAUCUUUAUGGAGUAAAAUCGAUUUUAGCAAUGAUAUCGACGAAAUCAAUAACAUUCCUCUUUCAAUAAGUAUUGAUGAGAAAAACAAUUGUAUCAAGCUUCUCUCGUUUGUAAACGGAGAUAAAAAGUCAGAGAAAUGUUUAAAAGUUAAGAAAAAUAACAAAGAUGAUAAUAUCAAAUUUUAUAUUUUAACACUGGAUUGUAAAUUUAGAAUUGCUUUAAAUGAUGAGCAUUUAUGCAGUUUUGAUUAUAAGUGUGAUUUAAGUUGUAUUAAGCUUAUAAGAGUAUCAGGAGAUGUUGAUUAUGUAACACAAAUAGAUCACAGAAAAAUUUAUCCGCAACCAUGGCCACAAAAUCAGGAAGAUUUCUCAACAAUAUCUUUUAGUUCAGAUUUGCCAUGUAGGUUUUCUGAAAACACAAUCAUCGUUUUGCGUAUGAAAUUAAGCGGAGCAACAACUGGAUCGUUUUUCAUACGAUUCAACGAAAUGAGCUCAAAAAAACAAUUGCUACACUUUAACCCAAGAUUUGAUGAGAAAGUCAUAGUUGUCAACAGUAUGAAUGAUAAAUUAGAGUGUGUUGAACUUCACUUCGUUGCACUUCGUUACGUUCAACUGUUUAUAGAUUACAGUAGGUUUAUAGGUUACAGGUGUGUUGAACUUCACUUCGUUACACUUCGUUACGUUCAACUGUUUAUAGAUUACAGUAGGUUUAUAGGUUACAGGUGUGUUGAACUUCACUUUGUUGCACUUCGUUACGUUCAACUGUUUAUAGAUUACAGUAGGUUCAUAGGUUACAGGUGUGUUGAACUUCACUUCGUUGCACUUCGUUACGUUCAACUGUUUAUAGAUUACAGUAGGUUCAUAGGUUACAGGUGUGUUGAACUCCACUUCGUUGCACUUCGUUACGUUCAACUGUUUAUAAAUUACAGUAGGUUUAUAGGUUACAGGUGUGUUGAACUUCACUUCGUUGCACUUCGUUACGUUCAACUGUUUAUAGAUUACAGUAGGUUCAUAGGUUACAGGUGUGUUGAACUCCACUUCGUUGCACUUCGUUACGUUCAACUGUUUAUAGAUUACAGUAGGUUUAUAGGUUACAGGUGUGUUGAACUCCACUUCGUUUCACUUCGUUACGUUCAACUGUUUAUAGAUUACAGUAGGUUUAUAGGUUACAGGUGUGUUGAACUCCACUCCGUUUCACUCCGUUACGUUCAACUGUUUAUAAAUUACCAGUUUUCAAUGGGAAAUUAGUAACGACUUUCAAAAUUUUUCAUUCGUUUUAUAAAAUUUAAUUUUUUUAAAGCAUUCAUUAGUAAAGUACAUUAAAAAUCACUCGUAAAGAUUUUGUGUUUAUCUGUACCAUUUCUACUUCAUAACGUGUGGAUUCUUACUAUAAAGAUGCAAAUCACAUAUGUAACGUAUUUAUAACGGAUUUUCAAAUUUAAAUUCAAUGAAUAUCAUUUAUAUGUUAUGCAAAAAUACGUCAAGCCGUUAAUAAAAAGAAAAGUCAAUUUAAUUAAGUUGGUGAAGUGUUAUAAAUAAUGCAAUACAUUUAAAACAGCAUAAAUUUAUGCUCAAACUAUGUGUGUUAAAUGCACAUCGCAUAUUAAUAGUUAUUUUGCAUUAAUUCGUAACGGACUUGUGCUUAACGGUUUUUUUGAAAAUUCAAAUUUUCACUUACGAAUAUUCAUGAAAAAAUUACAUGUCAAUUUUUUUGUCUUACCAGAAUAUCUUUAGCUGCUCAAAUUUAUGGUAUAAUUAAUAAUUAGUAAUAUUAAUUAAACUAUAAUGAAUCAUAUAAAUGACUUUAGAGCAUCACAUGUA